CUUUGAUUGCAUAGGAAAUGGAGACAGACAACUCUGAAGAUGAGAAGAAAAAGAAAGCUCCAAAAUGUGGCUUCAUAAAGGGAAACGAGAAAAUUAUGGAGGUUCUAGAGAAGGUGAAACCAGAAAUCGUUGCACUUAGAGAGACCAUCAUUACCGUGUCCUCUUGGAUUCAGCAUCUCAUUCCAAAAAUAGAAGAUGGAAAUGACUUUGGUGUUGCUAUCCAGGAGAAAAUCUUGGAGAGAAUUGCUGCAGUGAAGACCAAAGCUGAAGGUUUCCAGACCACCAUAAACAAGUACUUCUUAGAGAGGGGCGAUGCUGUUGGAAAAGCGUCCAAAGAAACUCAUGUGAUGGACUAUCGCUCACUUGUCCACGAGAAGGACAUGGCCGCCUACUCUGAAAUCAGAGUCAUUCUUCUGGAUAUCCGUGGCUACUACCUCGAGCUUUAUGACGUCAUAAACAAAAACCUUGAGAAAGUGACCAAUCCCAAAGGAGAAGAGAAGUCAUCCAUGUACUGAUACAGGAUGUGGCAUCUAUCAGAUACAGCUCUCUGCUGUCACAUCAGAUCCACUUUCAUUGUUCAGCUUCACUUUUAUAAAGUAGUAAACACAAAAUAACUGGAGCAAACUUUAAUGGCCUGUGGUGUGAUGACACUUCUCUUUCUUUAUCUGAAUUAAAGCUGGAUUUUGUGCACUUGCCUAAUCAUAGCUAAAGUACUGGUACAUUUACAACCAUGGCUGAAAUACAGCAGCCUUUAAUUGUGAAUAAAAUGACUAACUUUUAAUGGUCGUCGUUAUAUAUCAACUUAUGUUCUUUGGGUCAGGGUGGCUCUUAUUUGUAUUUGGAUCAGGGAUCAACUCUUUCAAAUAAAAUUUUGGGUGAA